CCCUCUGCUGGCAACACCACCCGGAGCCACCCGGAGCCACCCGGAGCUUUGCGCCUGUCCAGGGGCUGGUUGGGACCCCACAGCCCCUGUGCCAUGGCCUGGGGGGCGCGGGGGUCCCCAAAAGUAUCAGUUUUCCACUUAAUCUCCAGCCAAAUACGCUGAGAUUUCCUCCUCCGGGGCCUCCCCGGUGUCGGUCCCACGGGAUGUGGGGCAGGAGCGUUGCCUUCCUCCCUGCCCUCGCUCUCCUCUUCCUCCCCGAGGCUCUCCUUUGGCUUUCCCUGCCGUGGCCCCGUCCCCUCGUCCCCGUGACAAUCCGGCAGGGCUCAGUGGGACACCCCAAAACCCCCGUGGUGUGCAGCGUGCCCCCUGCUCCCCUGCUUGGGGGAUGUACAGGGGGAGCACCCCGGGGUGGGGGGGGUCUGCGUUGCCCCUUCCCCUGUGGGGUCAGGGGUUACCUGGGGUGGGGAACGUCCCAGUGUCCCUACAGGGCAGUCCCGGGGUGGGGAUGUCCGCGUGUCCCCCGAGGAUGCUCAGGGCCAGGAGCUGCUUGGGAUGGGGACAUCGGUGUCCCUGGGGGUGUGCUCGGGGUCGGGAGCCUCUGGUGUGGGGACAUCCGCGUGUCCCCGGGGGGUGCUUGGGGUUGGGAUGCCCCCAGGAGGGGAACAUCCACAUCUCUGGGCGAUGCCUGGGGUUGGGAUUUGGCCCCAGAUGGGGACAUCCAUGUCCCUGAGGGGUACUCCGGGUUGGGCCCCCCAGGACGGGGAUGUCCCUCCCUCUGCGGGGUGCUUGGGGGUGGCAGCGGAGGUCAGUCGGGGGGCAGGAGGUUUUGGGGGGCCACAACCCCCCGGCCCCCAGCAGCGCGUGCUGUCGCAGGGCUCAGCGGGGUGCCAGCGGGCUUGGCACAGGGUGCUGCUACGUGGCUUCGAGCAGGGCCCCGGCAGGAGGAGGAGGAGGAGGAGGAGGAGGAGGAGGAAGCACAGCUGGGCACGGGGACACUUGCAGCCUCACCACGAAGGGGACGCAGCUGGGGACCACCGGUGUCCGGGGCACACUUUUUGGAUGGGGUCCCCACGGGGCCUCCGGUGCUGGGACAAAGGGAAGGGCUGGGAGGGCCCCGACGCCUUCUGUGGGGCUGCGGCAGGGGGAUGGGGAUUCUCUGAUGUCUGAUAGGGGUUGUGCCCCGCUGCUGCCUUGCACUGACCGCUCUCCCUUCCAGGCACCGGCUGUCCCCGGGGCUGUCCCCUCUCACCAGGACACCCCGGGGACAGCGCGGUGGCCCCGCGGCGCAGCGUGGCGGAGCCGCUUUGCCGAGCCGGCGGGGAACAUUUGUUCCCAAUUAGGACGGGGCGACGGAUGAUUAAUUCUGCUCAGGAGCUGCGGCUUUCUGCAAACUCACCCGAGCAAUUAUCCGGCAGGCGCCGCGCCGGCCCCCCCCGGGGUGGAGGAUGCUGCACGCCAGAGAAAGUUUUGAGCGAGAUCUGGUUAAAAAAAGCUCCGUCGUGGAGCUCGGCUCUGUAAGGGGGGCAGACCCCAAACCCGGCUGCGCCCAGGGCCCCGAAUCCAGCCCAGCCUCAUCCUGCUCCGCGGGGAGGAUCUGGGGCUUGGCGUGCUUAAAGCACCCCCCCGGGAGCAAUCUGUGAGCCACCAGACCUUGAGACGCGUUCAUUACCCCAGCCCCGUUGGGAUGUCCCUCUUCUCCCAUCCCAUGGGCUGCAGGGGAAGGAAUAAAAUAUAAAAGGAGGAGGGAAAGAG